AUGAAACGUUCGUCGAAUGGUGAUAUCUAUCCAUUGGCUAAAUCAAUCCUUGAUCGCUUCUGUUUACAAAUAUUGCCUAAAAUUCAACAUAAAAUCAAGUGGCUCAACCUUGAAUCAUUAUCUAUAAAACGUAUUCUUCUAGCUGGCUACUAUCCUAACUUACGUGGAUUUGGUCUUUUUAUUGUUGAACCUGAAACAGUUGCACAUCUGUUUGUUGUACAACCGAGUAGUUCAUUGUACAAUGUUUAUCGAAAACAAUUUUAA